GACAUUCUCCCCGAGGAAAGUAGGGUGAAGUGCCUUGCCCAAGGACACAACGUCAUUUGGCUGUCUUGGUGAAGUCCUGCAGACAGAGUAUUCGCGCACCUGAGCAAAGCUGCUGUGAUAAACAUAAAUUGACUGAAAAUUCCCUGAACCAGCAAGGAGGCCCUGGAGUGGCACUUGCAUGUCGGCCCCUCCCCCUUGGCACUAGCCCCGCCCCCACCCAGCCUACCCCCUGUCGGGCUGUGAUGCGUGUUAUGAGUAUCCAAUCCCCGACAAAUGAGAGAGAAAGCUGCAGCAGCGAAGGUAGCAGCAGUGCCGCCACCACCUCCGACCCCCCCUCGUCCAUGUCUGGACUCAGCUCCUCCGACCCGCCCCUCUCCCACCGCCAUGAAGCCCCGCCUCCCCCUCCCCUCCCCCCGCCUCUCCCUGGGGUCCCGCCCCCUCUGCCCCCGUCCCUAUCCAACCACGGCCCCAGGAAGAAGCGCCGCGUGCGCAGCUUCUUCUGGAAGCCGAUCCCUGAGGAGAAGGUGCGGGGCAAGCCCAACAUCUGGACCAUGGCGGUGCGGCAGCAGCAGUACCAGAUCGACGUGCGCUCCGUGGAGGAGCUGUUCGGCCAGCAGGAGGAGACGGGGUCAAGGCCGGGCGACACCCCGGCCGCCGGACCCUCGGCUCGCAUUGCACGCUCUCGCUCCUUCAAGGAGAGCAGCAAGGACGAGAUCAGCAUUCUGGACUCAAAGCGGGGAAUGAACGUGGGCAUUUUCCUCAAACAGUUCAAGAAGUCCAACCACUCCAUUGUGGAGGACAUACGCCAGGGGGACGGCAAGCUGUAUGGUGCCGAGCUGCUGAAAGACCUGCUCAAGCUACUGCCUGAGUCUGAGGAGGUUAAGAAACUAAAGGAGUUCAAGGGAGACUCCAGCAAGCUGACUCUAGCCGACUCUUUCAUGUACCUCCUGAUCCAGGUACCAAGGUUCGAGGUACGCAUCGAGGCCAUGGUCCUCCAGGAGGAGUUCUUCCCCUCCUGCGCCAUGAUGAGUCACGGUAUCGAUGUCAUCCGAGUGGCCACCAAAGAGUUGAUGACCUGUGAGGAACUUCAUGCCAUCCUCCACCUGGUCCUGCAGGCUGGCAACAUCAUGAAUGCUGGUGGCUACGCGGGCAACGCCGUGGGCUUCAAGCUGUCGUCUCUUCUCUCCCUGGCCGACACCAAGGCCAACAAGCCAGCCAUGAACCUGCUACAUUUUGUGGCCCUGGAGGCCCAGAAGAAGGAUGAGAAACUGCUGAAGUUCACAGAGAAACUGCAGGAUGUCCAGAGUGCUGCCAGGGUCUCGGUGGAGAACAUAGAAUCAGAGUUCUCAUCUCUCUAUGUCAGGACCAGAUCCCUGGAGGAGAAAGUUCAGGACGACCCCGAGCUCCUUCAGCAGCUGGACCCCUUCCUGCAGAGCUCCACACGCACGCUGCAGGAUCUAAAGAGGCGCAGGCUGGACUUGCGGAAAGAGGGCAGUGCACUCAUCGACUUCUUCUGUGAAGACAAGGACGCCUUCAAACUGGACGAGUGCUUUCGCAUUUUCCAGGACUUCUGCAUGAAGUUCAAAAAGGCGGUCAAGGACAACCAUGACCGGGAGCUGAAAGAGGCGGCCAGACAGCGGCGCCUCAGGGAGUUGGAGGAGAAGCGCGUCGCCUGGGCUGGUGCCGACCAGAAUGCCGGAUGCUUCGGUCGCAGCAGCAGUGAAAACGACGUGGACAUGCUCACCAAGGAAGGACUCCUGGACUUCCUCCAGCAACGCUCCCAGAGCCCCAACAGCCCGCUGAGCCGCUCGGCCAGCGCACGCCGACACCGGCACACCAUGUCCAGCAUGGCCGACCGCCAGCUACACAGCUACCUCGAGGUCUUCGGAGGAACCGGCGGCCCCAACGCCGCCACGGACUACUCCAAGUUCAACAGCUUGCCACGCUCCAGCAGGACACCCCAGCGCCGGACCACGGCCUGGCUCGUCUCCCAGGACGACAACCGUGAGCUGGGCCCCGGGCGGCAGGUGACCACGGCGACGUCCCCCCGUGCCGAGACGGAACCCAUCAGCCCGCUUGCCCGGUUUUCCUCCGCCGGCUUCAACGCAAAUGAGGAUCCGUACGUCAACAACAACUACACAUCUCUGUCCGAGGGGGACGUCUCACCUCUCAAUUGCAACGUCUUCCAGAAGACACCAGUUGCCAGUGUGACAACGGGACUCAUGAACGUCAGUGUGGAGAAACACACGCUUGUCACCGGCCUCCAACUGUUUGACCUCCCCAGUCCCAACAACAACAGCAACCAUAUGCACUUAAUCAACCAGGGCGACUUACUGGUGACCGACCUGGAGAGGGAGACCCCUCCUAAGACCCUGGAUCUGAAGUCCUCGUCUUGUCAUCAGAGCUCAGACGGAGGCCCAGAGUGGGAGGCCGAAAGGGCUGCUCAGUAUGUCUCUUCGCGACAGAAAGAGGAGGAGGAGGACAGCAGCACUGUGUCCUCGACGACUUGCGACACGCCCCUCCCUCUAGACACCUCUGUGUCCAAUAAGAAGCCGGUGUUUUACAUAGUAGACUGCACUGAGACUGACUGCUCGGUGGCUUUAGACUAUUCCGAAGUCGAAAGCUCUCCUCUCAUGAGGGAAGGCCUGGUCCACGACAUAAAAACCACUGACUGCAACAACGAAUUAGGAAACAUUCAAGACCUGAGCUCACUUUCCUCCAAUUAUGAGUCCACGUCCACCAAUGAACAGUCCAUUUCAACCAAUGAAGUGUCAUCAUCUAAGCUGACGGACGAACAUCCCGCCUCCGCCACACAGUCCUUCACUACAGAAGAGGGGGAAACAGACAGCUGUGACAUAGCCGGGGCUAUACAGGUGGGGGAGAAAGCAGUGAAGACCUGUGGUGUGAAACCCUCAAGCACUAAGAACAAGAGUGUUUCCAAGUUAUCAAAAAAUAGUGGGGGGCGAGUUGCCCGGACACUCACCACCACCGAGACCCAGGACAUGCGCAAGGUGGUGCCCAUCACCAAGCUGGCUCGCUCCGGCAGCAACGCGAGGCGGCCAGAGAGACCACCGGGGCACGGGAGCAGCGAGCCGGGUCACCCCCUCCGCGACCAGAGCACCCCAGUGAGGGGGCACGACGAGAGGGCAAGCCGUACACGGCGACACUCCAGCCUGCCACCGGAUGAGUCUAAAAGUCAGAGAGGUGGAGCCUUGGCUUGUGGUCUGUCAAGAUGGGCUCGCGACCCCACCCCACGCAAGCCCUCCUUCCGCAAACCCAGUGCCAAGCCUAUUAGGAAUAUCCCCAAGGCCCCCCAUGAGGAGAAGAUGUGUCGGUCUACUAUGAGAGCUCUGGCCCAGGCCCAGGGCGUGGGGACCUCCACUGAACCCAGCGCCCCUGAGACCCCUGCCCACUGCCCCAAGACUGCAUCUGGCCUGCCCAGCUUUGCCCGCAACACCGUAGCCUCCUCCUCCAGGACAAAGGAGCUGGGCCCUGUGUCCACUCCAUCCACCCCCUCCAAAACCCCUUCCAUCCUCGCCCGAACUGCCUCUCAAAAGCAGCCUGCCACCAGGACAGUUCCCCCUCCCACCACAGGGGGGCAGCACUUGCCCCGAGGGGAGGAGAAGGAAAAACCCCAAGGCACCAACCUACGAAGAGUGCCGAAUGUCCGAGCAUCCAGCCGGAGCACCCAGCGCAGUGAGACGCCCACUCCGCCACCCGCGCACGAACGCACGCGCAAGAAUAGUGUUUUCUCUGAGAGAUCUGUCCUAUCAAGAGACUCUGCAACAUCCUGCAGGACCCAUAAGCCGACCUGGAAAUAAAACUGGAAUCUGAUUGAAGGAAUCUUAGAGGGAGGAAAUAGUUGAAAUUUGGUUCCCCAAUUUCUUUACAGUACAAUCUCUUGCCAUAAUGUAUAGAGCAGACAAACUUCUAUCUUUCCUGGUUCAAUGACCAAACAAUCUCACCUCAACUCCCCACUAAUUUUUGCAAAUUGCUCAACAAAUGCAAUGUACCAUGUACUUACACUCUGUAGAUAGAAGAAAGAUUAUAUUUUCAAAAGUCCCUGUGUGUGUUUCUGUGCAUUUUCAACAGGGAAGAGAACUGGCAAAUUCCACUCCUGCCCUCUUUGCUCCUUCCACAGAACAUGUUUGCCUGCUUUGUGAUCUUCAGUUACGCUGUUUGUGAUGAAACCUUACAACAAAGUAGAAAAAAACACCUACUGAACAACACAUAUGAAUGCUGCUAUUUUAGAUUUGACAAUUCUGGGACUGAGUUUGGAGUCGUCCGUUCAGGGUUACAAGCUUUGCAACACUGCGCAGUUGUCUGUGUCUGUGACUUAAUUAUCUUCCUCUACCGCCUCGUCUCUGUGCAAAGUCAUGUUGGACUGAGCUCAAUGUGCUGUUAUUAGACUGGCUCUCCUCAGCAGCGGGCUGGGAGGUUCUCCACUGCUCCGGAGCCAAGUUUUCCCACAACAGUACCAGCUCACACAAAAUGGCUGCCGCUUCAAUCUCAAUCCUGUUUGGUAAUACUGAGUCAAGUACUGGAAUUGCACCUACCCUAGUCCCCUGUCCCAAAAUACAAAAGAGUGACACUGUCUAGUAAUUUGGUGUGAUACCUCUGCAGUGCAACGUUGUACACUGCGUUGCAGCAAGUCCAGGCUGAAGGUGACCUUGGUUUGACUUGAUGUCUUCUCAUGUGCUUGUGCUACUGUUGUCAUGUAUUUCUGUUCCGCUGUACUUUACGCCUCCAUUGUGUCAUGUAGUCCAAACAAAGGAAAAUGUUCGUUUUUCCAGCCCAUGCUACUGUAGCUAGUUUGACGAUAAUGCUUUAAGAAAUUGCAUUGAACAUGUAGCUCUUGAACUGUAAAGACACCCAGUAAUGGUGUUACCAGUCUUGCUUUGAACGCUUUGUCCCACUCUAUAUGACGCAUCAACUUUUCUACUGUGAAUGUGGUCUUUUAUUUGACCCUUCAUACAGUGUAAAGAUGUAAUUGUAUGACCACUGCUGGUCAGUACUGUAGACUAGCCUUUUAGCCCUGCGAUGGAUCUUCACACCACUUGCCUUUCAAACUGCAUUGUGCCAUUGACUUGAAAAAACAGGAACAGCAUCCAAACACCACAACAAUCGUCACUUUAAAACUUGAUGUAGCCAUUCCAUCAUCCAUUCCUCAAUUGUAAUCUUUCCGAACAUUCCAUUGCACGAAAACAAAAUUAUAUAGUUACUGAAGGACAUGAGGCCAACAGGUGUAGAUGUCCACUUUGUAAAUAGGGUAUAGACAUACUAUUUUUUGGACUAUAUACUUAGAGCUCUCAUUGUUUACAGGUAAAAUAUGACAUAUAUUAUAAGAUGUAGGAAGCAGAUGAGUUAAAGGAAUGAGGAUUAUGGUCAAAUCAGAAAAGGGGCCUAUCCCUGUAUUUUACACAUUUCGAUUUUUAAGUCAUGGAUAUUCUUGAUCAAGGAUGGUAACAAAUCCUCACCCUCUCUGUACCCUGAUGAUACUAUUUGGACCCUAAGAUCAGAAGGAAAAGCUGCAGGUCUUUAGUCUGGUCCACACUCCAGGCUACACAGAAAACAUCAGACAGGAGCUGUGUGCUCUCUCUGUCCUCACACCCUCUAUAAGAUGAAGUGCUCUAGUUCUACUAAAGGCCUCCUUUUUCUUACAUAGAGACCUCCCACCUCUAUCUCACAAUGCCUCCUGCUGUGGGGUUGUUCUUAGGCGGAGGGGGCAACAAUAGGGUGACUUUUACGUCAAGCUCCUUCUAACAGUGGGACCUAUGUGGAAUUUAAAUUCACACACACACACCAACCUCUGUCACACUACCCUCCAAACAGUUCCUUGUUAUGGGAUGGUCACCGUAGCAACUUGUUCCGGGCGAGGGAGACUAGACUGAAACACAAGCUGUAGACUGCAGUCUGACUUAUUGCCUGCUUAACUUAGAGAAUAAGAGCCUCCUUCAAGGGGUGUCAGAGUAAAUUAUGACCCCUGGCGAACUGCAAGCAAUGGUAAAAGGGGUUGUUGUUUAAUGUUCCCCAGCCUUAACUGAAUGUCACUGUAGGUGGUGACUUUCACAUCAGACAGGAUUAAAUCUCCGUCAGUUGUUCCACUGUUCAAUAGUCACACGCACAAUACAGUGACUUCAUAUACAAUAGUACAUCCUAACUUAUCUUUCAUUGAGGUUCAUUGUUUACUACAUAAGGAAAAGUUACUGUGUGGCACAGAUCACCUUAUUGGCAUCCCCAGUGUGUCUAAGUCUGAGUUUGGAUUUGAUGGUGUUUUUCUAAAAAUGAAAGGUGGUUCUUUUCUGAAAAGACCCAAAGCAUGCCUUUGCUGUAGUUCCCACUGCUGUGUGGGUGAACUAGUCGCUCUCUUAUCCUGCCUUCGUUCUGCUUAGCCUUUUAAUCCAAGUCACCUUUUCCACAUAAAAGUCUCCAGCAACUGUACCCAGUGACCCGUUUAGUCUGGAAUCACUUUAGUAUUAUAAAAUGGAAUGUCGAUAUUCUACAGCACUGAUUGUUUGAAAUUAUAUCAAAAUAAAUCAA